CUGGAACGAGGUCCCAGAUGCCAGAGCAAUCCUAGGCCUGACAACAGGACAGCUAGCUGGACGGCACAAUGACACUGAGCACUCAGAUCCGGGCUGCCUGCCUCCUGCUCCUCCUCCUCUCCAGCCUGACCGCUGGCUCAACAUUCCAGCAGCCGACAGGACAGCUUGCAGACCGCCAACCUCAGGACUCAGCGCGAUCCACAGCCAGCUUGACGCCUUUGUUCCAGAAUCGAGGGAAAAGAGACACCCACUUCCCUGUCUGCCACUUCUGCUGCAACUGCUGUUCAAAACCAGGCUGUGGGAUUUGCUGCCUUCUAUAGAGCCUUCCUACCCUGAGCCCCACCCACUCCAGUCUUACCCUCUCUCCCUAUUUAUUCCUGCCACCCUCCAGCCCUCGUCUUAAAUAAAAUGGCUAGUUCUUUCACCAAA